UGGCACCAGGGCCAAGUCAGGCGCUGGAUGAGGGAUUGCGAGGACUGUCUUCAGAAGCUUUUUCUUCUCUAUCAUCUGGGCUCUGGACAGCCUGCUCGAGGCACCGAGCUCGCCAUCAUGUGCUGGAAAAACACUAACAUUCACCCUAGGAACGUCUAUUGGUUCUCCGGCCAUUUGAACUUCGUGUCGCGCUAUAACAAAACUCAGACCAACCAGGAGAAGGAGCGGGUCAUUUCCCGGAGCAUGCCUCCAGAAGCUGCUCCGCUGAUGAUAGCGUACCUCACGUUCGUC